ACAACUCGCACGUUUUCACCAGCAAAGAAAAUGUCAAAGGUUUUAGAUACUAUACCAAAUGGGCGGAAAUAACAAACCCGGCAAACGGCUACCUGAAAGACUACACGCUCAUCUUUGAGGCAAAGAUAAAAACGGACCCGCCGUGCGACGUUUACAUAGACUUAGAAAAACUGACCGGUUUUGUGGGGCUGAAGAACCAGGGGGCCACCUGCUACAUGAACUCCCUCCUGCAGACGCUUUACUUCACCAACAAACUGCGCAAGGCAGUGUAUCAGAUGCCCACAGAGAGCGACAGCCAGGCGUCCAGCGUCGCCCUGGCCCUGCAACGCGUCUUCUACGACCUGCAGUUCGGCGAUCAGCCAGUGGACACGAAGAAACUGACCAAGUCCUUUGGCUGGCAGAGAAGCGAAUCCUUUCAGCAGCACAACGUGCAGGAGCUUUGUCGGGUGCUCUUCAGCAACAUGGAGAAGAAGAUGAAGGGCACCAGCGUGGAAGGAACCAUUCCCAGU